GUUCGAUCGUGACUCUCGAGCGACCUCUAGAUCUGCCAGUGGGCAUAUCACUCAAAUAUGGUCUCCCCAGCAUUUGCUCGACAACUCGAUCUGGCUCAUGAUGCUCCUUAGGCAGCAAAUCCGACACACUCGACUGCACCAGACAGCAGGGAGUGGACGUCGGUGGAUGAGCGUGCGGCCCGAAGAGAGGGCUCCUGAAAGUAACACGAAAGAAGAUCACAAUCCAGCAUCUCCUCAACAUGAAGAGAAAGCACACCCCCAUCACAAUGCUGACCGCCUACGACUUCCCGACCGGUCGCGCCUGUGAGGCGCAUGGGGUCGACAUGACCUUGGUCGGCGACUCCCUGGCGCAAGUCUGCCUCGGCUACGACGCGACGACGCGGCUCACGCUCGACGAGAUGGUCCACCACUGCCGUGCGGUCGCGCGGGGGAGCAAGGCGCCGUUCCUCGUCGGAGACAUGCCGUUCGGGACGUACCAGGCCGGCGUGGACGACGCUGUGCGCAACGCGGUCAGGCUCGUGCGCGAGGGCGGCGUCGAUGCGGUGAAGAUCGAGGGCGGCGUGGAGUACGUUGACUUGGUGAAGCGGCUGACGACCGUCGGGAUCCCAGUCAUGGGCCACAUCGGGUUGACGCCCCAGCGGCAGGCCAUCCUGUCUGGUUUCCGGGUACAAGGCAAGAGUGCGGAGGGCGCGGUGAGUUUGGUGGAUAGCGCGCUGGCUCUGGAGGCGGCUGGGGCGUUUGCGAUCGUGCUCGAGGCUAUCCCACACGCCGUCGGGGCGCACAUUACGAGACGCCUGCACCAUGCGGCUACGAUUGGCAUCGGCGCAGGUUGGGAGACGGACGGGCAGGCCCUCGUGUGGGACGACUUGGUGGGCACCUGGUCUGGGCACAUGGCCAAGUACGUGCGGCGGUUUGGCGACGUGCGCGGCGAGGUCGAGCGAGGGGUCCACGCGUACGUGCAGGCGGUGCGAGACCGCAGCUUCCCAUCGCCCAGCGAGAGCUACAACAUGCCCGCUGAGGCGGCGGGGAGGUUUGUCGGGCUUGCAGGGGCAAGGGGUGACGAGCCAUAAUGGGAGAGGGCACGGUGUUGCCUAGAAAAGUCACCGCCACAAAGUGGAAAUCACGCCCUCCGGACUGCGUCACGACAUCGGCGACCUGCUUGAUACAUGGGCAACUUUGCUGCGCACGCCCUCUGCAUAGUUGCGCCCGAAACUCAUCGACGAUGUCUCCACUCUGGUCAGGUGUGGUGGACUCGAUUUACGCCUCUCGUGCAUUCUUGAGUUGGAUCGAUCGAGAGUUCGUGAGGACCAGCGAG